AUGGCGGAGAGCGUCCAAGAUCAGGGCCAGCGCGCUGGCGCGGAUGUGAUGGCGGCGGAGGACGGCGAGGCAGCGCAAGCCGUGGUCUACACGAGGAGCAAGAAGCCUGAAACCGAGCUCUGCGGCGUGCGACGGAAAUACCGCGGCGAGCGCGUUGCCUCGAAAGAGCAGUGCGCCGGCACCGUUAGUGCCGAUGAGGAGGCUACCGGCAAGGUGGACGGCGCGCGGAGGGCGGUAAAGAAGAAGAACAUGGCGGCGCUAAAGAAGAAGGGCGUGCGUGCCGGCAACUUCAGCACCGCCGAGGAGGCCGCCGGGAAGCUGGGCGGCGUGAAGAGGGCAGUAAGGAAGAAGAUGGCGGCGAGGCGGCCGGAAGCGCGGACCGAGUUCCGCGGCGUGUCCCGGCGGGGAAUAAACGGCAAGUACGGGGCGCAGAUCACACACUCGAAAGGGAUUGUGCAGUGGCUCGGCACCUUCGACACCCCCGAGGAGGCCGCCAGAGCGUACGAUGCCGCCGCCGUCGAGCUGCACGGUUCGAGGGCGGUAACCAACUUCCAGCCAAUGGGCGAGUCGUCCGGCCAAGCGACGGGGAGCGUGAUGAAGGUGAGGAAGCCGGCGGCGCCUAGGCCGGACGCCUGGACCGAGUUCCGUGGCGUGUCCCGGUCACUGAACAACACGUACGGGGCGCGGAUAUGGGACUCCAAGGGCAAGUGUUCGCUGAUGCUGGGAACCUUCGGCACCGCCGUGGAGGCCGCCAGGGCAUAUGACGCGGCGGCCGUCGAGCUGCACGGCGCGAGCGCGGUAACCAACUUCAUGGCAAGCGACGAGCGGUCCGGCCAAGCGGCCGGGAAGGUCAAGAAGCCGGCGGCGGGGAGCGUGAAGAUGAAGGUGGAGAAGCCGGCGGCGGCUAGGCCCGACGCCAUGACGGAGUUCCGCGGCGUGAGCAGGCAACCGAGCGGCAAGUACAGAGCGCGGAUUCGGGACCAGAAGAUGAAAUGUGCGGUGUCGCUGGGAACCUUCGGCACCGCCGUGGAGGCCGCCAGGGCAUAUGACGCGGCGGCCGUCAAACUGCACGGCGCGGCGGCCAGAACAAACUUCGAGCAACAGCCCGUGGACCUCCUCGACGACUUCGCGGAGCUGCCGGCACUCGAGUUCUCGGAGAGCCUCAUCCCCGGCCCGCAGAUGGGCGAUCUCCGGACCGAGUUGCCGCCGGCCGAGUGGGAGCUGGUGCUCGAGUUCCUCAAGGAUUUCACCGAUGUGGUGGCUUAA